UCCAUGGCCAAAAAUCGGAACAUUUCGCUCCUUGAGUCGGAGCUCUAUUAUUUAAUUUCUCGUUUCCUAACUACGGGUCCCUGUCGGAGAGCGGCUGAGGUCCUCGCUGCUGAGCUGGAGCAACAUCAGCUCUUACCAGGAAGACUGGACUGGCUGGGAAACGAGCACCCGAGAACAUACGAAGAUGUGGUCGUGGCCAACAGACAUAUUGCACCUGACCAUUUGCUCCGGAUUUGUAAACAAAUUGGACCCCUCCUUGACAAAGAGGUGCCAUCUUGUGUCCCAGGUGUAUACUCUCUCCUGGGGUCAGGAAAGCAGUCCGUGCUCAGGACUACGAAAGACCGUGACAGUGUGCGGUUGAAAGCUUCGACAUAUGCAGCUCUUCACCGGGGCAGACCACCAGAGAGGCCUUUGAACAACAAACAACCUCCACACCUGGUAAAGGUUCAUCGAGGGAGAGAGCUGACGGGAGUGCAGUGCUUCAGCUCCAUCAGUCCUGUCGGCAACUAUGAGCACAUGCGUCUGCACAGGCGGAUCCUGGGGCAUCUGUCUGCUGUGUACUGUAUUGCAUUUGAUCGCACCGGGCUUCGAAUCUUCACAGGCUCAGAUGACUGUCUAGUGAAGAUUUGGUCUUCAUUUGAUGGAAGACUUCAUUCGACAUUGAGAGGACAUGCUGCAGAGAUCACAGACUUGGCUGUCAACUAUGAGAACACCUUAAUUGCUGCAGGAAGUUGUGACAAGACCAUACGUGUGUGGUGCCUUCGUACCUGUGCCUCCGUGGCUGUGCUGCAAGGACACAGUGGAUCUAUUACCUCCCUACAGUUUUCACCAUUUGCCAAGGGCUCCAAACGUUACAUGCUGUCAACUGGAACUGAUGCUACAGUUUGUUUCUGGCAGUGGGACGCCAACAAUAUAAACUUUAGUGAUCGGCCACACAAAUUCAUAGAGCGGCCGAGGCCUGGAGUUCAGACGGUGUGCUCCUCAUUCAGUCCAGGUGGGAUGUUCUUAGCAACAGGAAGUACAGAUGAUGUCAUUAGGAUAUAUUAUUUAGGAAACGGUAGUCCAGAGAAGGUAUCAGAACUCCACGAGCACACAGACAAAGUUGACAGCAUCCAGUUUUGUCAUUCAGGUGAAAGGUUUGUGAGUGGAAGUCGGGAUGGAACUGCACGAAUCUGGAAGCUGCAUCAGCGGCAGAGAUGGAGGUGCAUCCUGCUCAACAUGUCUGCUUCUCUUCCUGGUGCUGAACCAACGAGUGAAGAAGAAAACUACUUUAAACCCAAAGUCACCAUGGUAGCCUGGGAUCGUCAUGACAGUACAGUCGUCACUGCUGUGAACAACCAUCUCCUCAAAGUGUGGAACUCCUACACGGGGCAGCUGCUACAUGUCCUCAAAGGCCAUGAGGCUGAGGUGUUUGUCCUUGAACCGCACCCCUUUGAUCCAAGGAUCAUCCUGUCUGCUGGCCACGAUGGGAACGUCUUCAUCUGGGAUCUGCAGCGAGGGACAAACACGCAGCAUUACUUCAACAUGAUUGAAGGUCAGGGUCAUGGAGCCGUGUUUGACUGCAAAUUCACUCCUGACGGUCAACGUUUCGCCUGCACAGACUCGCACGGCCAUCUGCUCAUCUUUGGCUUUGGCAGUUCCAAACCCUACGAAAAGCUUCCAGACCAGGUGUUUUUCCACACGGACUACAGGCCGCUCAUUCGGGAUGCUAACGGCUUCGUGUUGGACGAGCAGACGCAGCAGGCACCUCAUCUCAUGCCCCCGCCAUUCUUGGUCGAUGUAGAUGGAAACCCCCACCCACCAAGAUACCAGCGUCUUGUCCCUGGGAGGGAGAACAUUGCUGCCGAGCACCUGGUUCCUCAGUUAGGAUACGUAGCCACCAGUGAUGGUGAGGUGGUGGAGCAGGUCAUCAGCCAGCAGACUGCAGAGCACGAGGCGAUCACAGUAAGACGCAGCAGCCUCCUGGACGAGGCCAUCCGACAGCUCCAGCAGCAACAAGAUCGGCAGAGCCAGCCUCAUGCAGAUGUGACAACGAGGUCCGGAGCUGGACCAGAAGGGCAAGUUGAAGCCCACGGCCCAGUGUUGGCACCAGCACCAAGCACACCUCGCAGAGUGUCUGUAAAUGACCGAGCAGAUGUGCAGUCCCCCCCAAACGUGGGUCUGCGCCGCAGCGGGCAAGUAGAGGGCGUAAGACAAAUGCAUCAAAAUGCUCCUCGCAGCCAGAUGGCCACUGAGAGAGACCUGCAGGCCUGGAGACGCAGGGUUGUGGUACCGGAACUGGCACCCAGCAGCUAUAGGAAUCAGGAGGACAUUCGACUAGUCAGAGGAGAUGAGGAGGUGCUUCUGUACAAUACAAAGAAGAGACGUGUUUUCUACAGCUGCCGGGAUGAUUCAGACGAUGAGCCUCCUGCAAAAAGAACCCAUGGCCGCAAAGGUUCACCAGAACUGAUCGAAUUCUCGUGUGAAGAGGGAGAGGAAACAGCCAGUUCAGACGUACACUCCGAGGAAAAUGAACUGGAUGGUAGUGAGCUGGACUCCUCUAAUGAUGAGGAGGAGUGGAACAGUGACACUUCAAGUCACACAUCCAGCGAGUACUCUGACUGGACAGCAGAUGCUGGCAUAAACCUGCAGCCCUCCACCCCCUUGUCAUCACGAAAACGAGCAAGGCGCAAACUCAGCAGCUCUGAGGAGGAGGAUGAAGAAAAUGAGGAAGAGGAGGAGAAGCAGCAAAGUGAUGAGGAGGAAAAACCUGCAAAGAAACACAAAGAGAAGUCUAAGAAAGCAAAAAGUCACUCACCCAGGCGUCCAAAGGCCAGACCAUCUAUUAACAGGGAGGUGUCCAAUGAGUUCAGACCGUCAGCGUGGAUCACUGAUGUCAUUCCCAGGAAGUCUCCGUUUGUUCCCCAAAUGGGCGAUGAGGUGAUCUACUUUCGUCAGGGGCACGAGGCGUAUGUCGAGGCUGUGAAUCGGAGUGAGCUUUACCCCAUCAACUUAGAUAAGCAGCCAUGGAAAAAACUGGAGCUGAGGGACCAAGAGUUUGUGAAGAUCACUGGCAUCAAAUAUGAAGUUUGUCCUCCAACACUCUGCUGUGUGAAACUGUCCCUUAUUGAUCACGGCACUGGCAAAAUAACCGACAAGUCGUUCUCAAUAAAGUAUCAUGACAUGCCGGAUGUGAUAGAUUUUUUGGUGUUGAGGCAAAGUUAUGAUGAAGCACUUCGUAGAAACUGGCAGCCAAAUGACCGAUUUCGCUCGGUGAUUGAUGAUGCCUGGUGGUUUGGGACCAUUGUCUGUCAGGAGCCAUACCAGCCAGAAUACCCAGAUAGCCUCUUCCAGUGCUUCAAAGUCAGAUGGGACAACGGGGAAACAGAAAAACUCAGUCCUUGGGAUUUAGAACCUAUUGUAGAUGAUGCCCAGGAGCCGGAGAUGGAGGGAGGCGGUAUCCCUGUGACAGCCGAGGAGAUGAAAGAACUGAUGUACAAGCCUCAGGCAGGGGAGUGGGGCGAGAGAAGCAGGGACCAAGAGUGUGAACGCAUCAUCGCUGGCAUCGAUCAGCUUAUUACUGUUGAGAUUGCGGCUCCGUUCUCCGGUCCCGUGGACUUGGUCCAGUAUCCCACCUACUGCACUGUGAUUGCCUAUCCCACAGACCUGGGCACCAUCAAGCUGCGCCUGAUGAACAGAUUCUACAGACGCCUCUCUGCAUUAAUUUGGGAUGCCAGAUAUAUCGCACAUAACGCUCGUACUUUUAACGAGCCAAGAAGCAAGAUUGCCCACUCUGCAAAAAUCAUCUCGAAUGCCCUCCAGAAAUUUGUCAAUAAUCUGAGGUGCACAGAUCUCAUGGAGAUUUACAGUGCUGUGGAGGAAAUGGAUGAUUACGAUGAGGAAGAAGAUACAGAAGCACCGGGAACGUCGUCUGGACACAGACUACGUCAGCACUCUGUAGAGGUGCUGCCAGACAGAGACGCCUGGAAAGAACAGUGUAAGAAUCUGCUCAACUAUAUAUUUGACUGCGAGGACUCGGAGCCUUUCAGACAGCCUGUGGAUCCUGAGAACUAUCCCGACUACUUCGACAUUAUUGAUACACCAAUGGACUUCGGCACAGUGAAAAGGACCCUGGAGGACGAUCACUAUGAAAACCCUGUAGAGCUGUGCAAAGACACACGCUUAAUAUUUGCCAAUGCUAAAGCCUACACACCCAACAAACGUUCCAAGAUUUACAGUAUGACCUUGAGGCUGUCUGCCUUCUUUGAGGAGCAGAUCAGAACAAUCAUAUCGGAGUACAAAACUGCUAUCAAAAGCAGCGAGCGGCUCCGCCGCAGUCAGAGGUUUCGCAAGAAAGCACAGCAGGACCAGCCCUCUGCCACUACAAGUCAAAAAAGGGUCAAAACUCAGGAAAAGUUGGAGUCAGUAUCAGUAGCCAAAUCUACCUCAACCAAAGUGUCGGUUCCUGAGAGAGCCAGGCGGAGUCGAGGCAGGAGCUCAGGUCGCAGCUCCUCAGAGGACGACUCCUGCUCCAAAGCUGCCUCAUCCACACCAGAGUCUGGGAGUGAGAGUGAACCCAAUGAUUCGGACCAAGAGAAGAAAUGUCCAAGUUCUUCAAAGCCUCAUCGAAGCAGGCAAAAAGCAAGAGUUACAAGAAGCAAUCGCUCCAAGCAGAGGAAAAAAGCUGCUCAGACUGACAGUGAAGAGGAAGAGGAGGAAGAGGAUUCUGAGAGUGAAGGUGGGGAAGACAGGGAGGCAUCUUCUCAGUCUUCAGAUUGUCUCUAUCCAAGCAGGAGGACACGGCUGACCAGAAACUGUGCUGCUGGAGACAAAACCAGAGCAGAGAGCAGAGCGGAAACCAACAGCCACAGCAGCAGGACAUUGCGCCGAAAGAGGCGUCCCCACCGGGACCCUGACAGAGUCGCAUCUCAGAGUUCAGAUGGAGAACAGGAGGUCGGCAUGCGCAGGUCUCUCAAAAGAAAGACGGCAAGGGCCGCCGUUAACAAGAUGAAACUUCUUGAGGCAUCCGAUGAAGACUUUGAAGAGGAGGAGGCGAGCAGCCGUAUUCGCCACACGGCUCGUAUCAGCAAACGCAGUGCGGUGAUCCAGAGCAGCUCAGACACAGAUGGAGAGACGUCAGCAAGAGGUUCUCAGGAUGCCAACGAAUCCGAUGAGUCCAAGGCUCAGGAUGAGGGCAAAAACAGUGACGUUUCAUCCUCCUUCCAGAUUAAACAAAAUGGAGAUGCAAAGUCCAUAAAACAGAAGACAAUGUGGCAGACUGCCAAGACUAAAAGAAAUGACACUUUGUCCCAUGUUAAUGGACACAGUGGAAAACAUCGGAAGUCUGAGAGCAGCUCGGAGCAAGAAGAACCUCCAGAGGACAGUUCUGCAGAAGAGGAGGAUCAGAAAGUCUCGAGAAGCACGGCAACCAGUUCAAGAAGGAAAACCAGGAUUGUUAGCGAGGAGGAGGAUGACGUGGGCGGCCAAGCCACGCGACGCAGACCUCCUGUAAGCUCAGAUGAAGACUAUAAAGAGGACAGUUCUCAGAACCUACACCAAAAUGGACAAAAUGUGAAAGAGUCAUUCCCCAUGGACUCUAAGAAAAAAAGUAAAGUUCUGCCAUCAAAAAGCCAAGACAAACAAAAACCUGCCUCAACUAAUAAAGGUGCAAAAUCAGAUGAACUCAGCGAUUCACCGAAGAGAUCCAGCCCGCGCAAGAAAGGAGUGAAAAAUGGGUCUGACUUUGAAACGAAGAGGCCGACUAGAAAUAAAAGUAAACGGCCUCGCUGCAACACAUCAGCUUCAGAGAGUUCAGAGCAAGAGUACAAACCUCAGCAGAAGUCGAGGAGGAAGCGUUCCACUGGAUCAUCGGAAGAAGAGUCAGAUAUGUCCGACGAUGCGUCGAACAGACGGCUGAACCUUCGAGCUCUACCAAAAAAGAAAUACAUCAUAGACAACUCUCUUUCUGAGGAGGAGUCUGCUUCAGCAAACCAGCAUAGACAAAGAAAUGGUAAAAAGAGAGACACAGACUCCAGUGAUGACCAGUGUAUUACAAGGAUGUCUAAGAGAACAUCUCUCAUUGAAGCAAGGAAUCAGCCGUCCACCAAGAGGAAACGGAUUUACACCACAGAGGAGGAGGAUGGAGAGAAGGAGCCAGUAAACGAUAAAAACAGCAGGUCACGCUCCUUAAAGCACUCCAAAAGGGAAUCCAAACGAGAGCGUGACUCUUCAUCCCACUCCGAUUCCAGUCAGGAGGAGAGUGUUGCCCGUUCAAGGAAAAACGCGAGGCAGCCUAAACCUAAAAGAAAGAAAAGCUGCAGCAGCAAGAACAGUUCAGACGCAGAAAGCGAGCGAUUGUCUUCUGCCUCUGAAAAAUCAUGUGCCAGCUCAGGGUCCAACAGCAGUCCAAAGAGAAGUCGAGCACGGACGCGGGCCGAGAGCCGCCAGCUGAGGCCGCGGCGCCACCGGGUCGCCUCGGAGGAAGAGGACAGCGACGAGCUGUGCAGCAAACCACAAAGACGCAUCAACACCCGAAACCGCGGGAAACGGACGGUAAAUUAUCACGACAGUGAAUGAAGUGGGGGGGGGGGGCAGCUGCAGGCUUGUUUGAAAAGGUGGACAUUGACUGGUGAGGUUCAGGACAUGUGAUGGUAGUAGCACUGGAGUCUGAAUAAAAUGCUGUGAAUCUAUUUCAUUCAGGGAUAUUUAUAUUUUCUAUGAAAAAAAAAAAAAACAUGUUUAUAGAUGUUCUACAAAUUCAAGCAUUAGAACGGCUGUUUUUUCAUAAAGACCCGGAGCAGAACACCACCUACCAGACUGCUUGUAGUUAUUCGGCCGGCAGAAUAACUGUUCUGGGGAAUCUUGUCAGCUUGGGUGCUAUCUAAUAUACCUCUGUUAAAUCAAGCAUAUUG